UAACAACAUAACCUUUAAUAUCUUAUACAUGUGCACGUGUAAACGUGAGUUACUUUUAAAAUAAAUAAUUGAUUAAAAAAAGAUAUCAGCAACAAUGAAUAAAAUUAAUGUUGAGGAGGAACAUGAAAAAAAAUGGUACGAAGAAUUUCCCAAGGAUUUAUACCCUUCGAAGUGUAAUUUAUCUGAAAUUGAAAUAUUACAAUUAAAAGAUGAGGCUAAGCAAUAUUUAAGUAAUGAAACAGCAGCAUUUCAACUAAAACAAUCGAAAAUCCGAGAUUCUGAUAUGGAAUGGAGGCGAACAGCAUUAUUAAAAGGUACUAAUGCUGAUAAAAUAGCUGCUGCUAUUCUUAUGAUACAAGACAAUCCAAAAUAUAACCUCAGUCGAUUAGUAAAUCUUGUCUCUCAAGUAAAAGGAUCAAAGCAUACUCAAAGUAAUUUGUUACUCAUAUCUCUUCGUGGCUUAUUUUUAUCUGAUUUACUACAUCCACAAUGUAAGCUUUUAAAAUUCGAAGAGCAAGAUUUCGAUAAAAUAAAAGCUUCAAAUGAUUCAGAAAAUAUAAAUGGAAAUGCAUUGAGGAAAAAACUACUGUCACAUUGGUAUUUUGAAGAUCAAUUGCGUGAGCAAUAUGAAAAAUUUAUAUUAGCUUUAUCAAGUUUAGCAUCUGAUACUGUUGAAAUAAAUCGUGAAAGAGUUGUUGCUAUUAUGACUGAAUUGUUAAUUGGAAAUUCUGAACAAGAGCAUAAACUUUUGGAAUUGAUAGUCAACAAAAUUGGAGAUCCAAGUUCAAAAGUUGCUUCAAAAACAAUAUUUUGCUUGAACAAACUUUUAAAAACACAUCCAAAUAUGAAACUUGUGGUAUUAAAAGAAAUAGAAAAAUUAUUAUUCAGACCAAAUAUUGCUCAACGAGCUCAAUAUUAUGGCAUAUGUUUAUUAACGCAAUUUAUUUUAAGUCCACGCGAUGAAGACAUUGCUACUCAUUCAAUCGAUGUUUACUUUGCUUUUUUCAAAGCUUGUUUAAAAAAAGGAGAGCCUGAUAGCAGAAUGAUGGCAGCUAUUUUAACUGGAGUAAAUCGUGCUUAUCGUUUUUCCAACAUGGAUGCGGCUAAAUUAAAUGAUCACAUAGAUUCAGUGUACAAAGUUGUUCAUGUUGGGUCAUUUAAUGUAUCUCUUAGUGCUCUUAGUUUACUUCAACAAGUAUCAAAUAAAAAUCCUCUACAAGAGAAUCGAUUUUAUACAACAUUUUACAGAAAACUAUUGGAUCCUCAGAUUGGUACUGCCAACAAAAGAGCUGUUUUUCUUAAUUUGCUCUAUAGAAUUAUGAAGAAUGAUAAAAACGUAUUCAGACUUUAUGCAUUCUUUAAAAGAGUUCUUCAAAUUUCAUGCUAUUUUCCAGUUUGUAUGGUAUGCGCUACUUUAUAUGUCAUAUCACAAAUCUUAAAGAUAAGAAAAGAUUUGCAAGAGCUCAUUUUUCGUAAUUUUGCUGAGUUGAAGAGUGAACAAAAUACCGCAAAAGAAACAAGUCAUGAUCAAAGUGUUAUUGAAGAAUCUAUAAAUGAUCAUAAUGACUCUAGUGAUGUAAAAAUUCUAGAUGAUGAAUCAAAUACUUUGUCAUUACCAAAUGUUAUUAUGAAUCCAUCAACAGAGUCAAGUAUAAAAGAUACGAUAAAAAUUGAAGAAGAUAAUGCAAUUAUUUAUGAUCCUUUCUGUUUAAAUCCAUUAAAGUCUGGUGCUAGUAAAUCACCUUUAGUUGAACUUACAGCAUUGAUAGAACACUUUCAUCCAAGUGUUUCAUUAUUCGCAAAAAAUAUUAUUUGUAACCAAGUCAUCAAUUAUACUGGAGAUCCCUUACAAGAUUUAACAUUGAUACGGUUUUUAGAUAGGUUUGUAUUUAAAAAUCCUAAAAAAAUAACGGGGAAAAAAUUUGAUAGACAUAAUCCGCUAGCAGCCAGAGCUAAAUAUAUUCCUCGAGGAUUACGAUCAUUGGCAGUUGAUAGUCAAGCAUAUUUGAAUGAGAAUGAAAACAAUAUUCCUAUUGAUGAAUUAUUCCUUCAUCGAUAUCUCCGAAAAAGGAAUGAAAAGAAAAUGAAUGUUAAAACGGAAGAAGAUGAUAGCGAUCAUGAAAGUGUUAAUAGUGAAGAAUUUAAUGAACUCAUGGAUGGAUUAAGUCGAAGUAAAGAUUUUGAUGAUUUAGAUUUCGCUGGAGAGUUUCAGUUAUCAAAGAAAAAGAAUAAAUCCACUAAAGUCAAUGAAAAUGAAGAAGAAAUUGAUUUUGAUAAUAAUGAUGAAGACUUUGAUGAAGAUGAUAAUGAUGAAUUAAUGGAAGAUGAAGAUGGUUUGGAUUUGGAUGAUAUGGAUGAUGAAGAUAUGAGUGAAAUAGAAUUUGAUGAGUCAGAUGAAGAUGAAGAGAUGUUAAAAAAAUCUGUUAAAUCAGUUUUGGGUAAAAAAUCGUCUAAAAAACCCAAAAUAGAUAGUAAUGUAUUCGUAUCAGCAGAUGAGUUUGCAGAACUACUCGAAAAACAAGGACAAUCCAAAUUUAAAAUUGGUGGAUCAAAUGUUUUUAGUGAUGCUGAUGGAGCGAAUGUAAAACAAUUAGAUUGGGAGAUGAAGAGAGAUGAAAAAAUUACUGGAAAAUAUAAGAGAAAGAAAAAUUUCAAAAAUACAAAACAAGAAUUCAAAAUUAACAAGAAAAUAAAAAAAAAUAAAAAAUUUUACUAAUAGAAUUUUCAUUAUUUGAUUGUGUUUAAUUAUAGUUUAUUAAUAAUUUGUACAGUAAUUAUACUAAUACAAAUUAGUUUUUGUAGCAACUGAAAUAAUCUUAAUAUUUAUAUUUUAAAUCAA